AUGGUGGAAGGCUAUUCUUCGUCACAAAAUGUAACCAUCAAUCCUUGUCUAAGGAAAGAUUUCCCCUGUAGUAAUGCAGUUGCACAGCAAAUAUAUUCUCUUCACAUCAAUUGUGGAGGGGAAGAAGUAUAUAUCAACAAGACCAAAUACGAGCACGAUUUAGAUGGAAAAUGUUCCUCGACAUACUACAAAGACGGAAAUUGGGCGUUUAGCAAUACAGGGCAUUUUGUUGAUUAUCAGCGGGAUUCUAGUCCUUACAUUCUUUCCAACACGUCUAAUCUGCAUGAUAUCUCUACACACGAUAGCGAAUUAUAUACAACAGCUCGGGGCUCCGCUAUUUCUCUGACAUAUUAUGGAUUGUGUCUUAUGGAGGGGAACUAUACUGUCAAACUCCACUUUGCAGAGAUUGUUUUAACCCAAUAUAACUCAUCUAACAUCCUUGGGAAACGUGUAUUCGACGUUUAUCUGCAGGAGGACUUAUGGUUAAAAGAUUUUGAUAUAGCAAAAGAGGCUGGAGGUGUUGGUAGGGCAGUUAUAAAAACCUGUUCAAUUCAUGUGAAGAAUAACACACUCAAGAUACGACUUUACUGGGCUGGAAAAGGCACUACUAAUAUUCCAUACAGAGGAUGUUACGGCCCGAUUAUAUCAGCUAUAUCUGUUGACGCGGAUUUUAAGCCACCAAGAUUUGGAAAAAAGACUAAUGUUGGUUUGACAGUGGGGCUGAUUGGUGGAGUUAUUUUGUUCUUAUGUCUAGACUUUUGGAUAUGGAAAAAAUGUUGCUUUAGGUAUAGGAGGGACGACAUAUUAGCAGGGCAUAGACACCUGCUAGGUGAUAUACGUGUCUUUAAAUUUUCGGAGAUAAAAGCUGCAACAAGUAAUUUUAAAUCAUCGAACAAGCGUGGAGAAGGUGGUUUCGGUAGCGUGUAUGAGGGCAAGUUGAAAGACGGGACAAUAGUUGCCAUAAAACAACUUUCUUCAAGGUCAAAACAAGGACGAGAAGAAUUUAUAGACGAAAUUAGCAUGAUUUCCUCAAUGAAUCAUGUAAAUCUGGUCAGACUUGUUGGAUUUUGUGAUCACAAGCGGCCGUGUGUGGUUUACGAAUACAUGAGAUACAAUAGUUUAUCUCAGGCCCUUUCUGACAAAGGCGCUAAGGGGAGGCUGACAUGGCCUGUGAGGGUACAAAUAUGCAUGGGUGUAGCUCAAGGCUUGUUUUAUCUACAUGAAGGCUCAAAUGUUCAAAUCAUACACAGAGAUAUCAAGCCUAGCAAUAUUUUGCUUGACGAAAAUUUCAUUCCAAAAAUAUCGGAUUUUGGUAUAGCAAAGCAAAAUGAAAACAGAAAAAGCGACCACACCAUAAAUAUUAAGGGAACAAGGGCCUAUAUGGCUCCAGAGUAUGCAACGCGUGGGUGUUUGACUCCUUUGGCAGACGUUUAUAGUUUUGGAUUGGUGGCCCUAGAACUUGUUAGUGGAAAACCCGUCAGGCAGAGCUUUGCCGACGAUCCCAAUAUAUCCGUUUUUGAUAAGGCACAUGUUCUAAAAGAUAUGAAAGGAGACCUACUAGAACUGGUUGAUCGAGACCUUGGGAAUGAGUACUCUCCUGAAGAAGCAUUGCAUUACGGAUACGGGUAUGAAUCUCCGUACGUGCAACAAAGUGGAUACGGUGCUGAGAAUGCACCUGUUGAUGAAGCAUAUUACCCGACGCAGCAAUCGUAUCUGGGUUAUGGGGUAUACGGGGAUGAAGGUGGAUACGGAAGUUACAGUGGAUACGGUGGUGAAGGUGGAUACGGGGGUGAAGGUGGUUACAGUGGAUAUGGGGGCUACGGUGGAUAUAUGGGGGUGACAGUGGUUACAGUGGAUACGUAG